GGAAGGCGUGGGGUAGGGACGCCUUUGUGGGGCCCAUCAAACACUGCGGAAUGUGAUUUUAUCGGUGAAGGUUGAGCGGCGAGGCCUUGAGGCGCAGCGCGUCUGUUAUCUCGGGGGGGGAGGCGACGGGCGGCCGACGGAGGGGGACUGGAGGAGGAGGUAAACGGCGAGGGAUCGGCGGCCAAACACCUCCAGUCAUCCCCAGUUUGUACCCAAAGUUUCAACUCCUUUGGGACGCAGCGGGCGCCUCGGGGCUACGCGUGGUCGGUGUGUUGGGGGCGGCCAGGGCAACGUGACCCCCCUCCCCCAUCCCUUCCCCCCAUUCCUCUUCCCACUACUCUCUUUUACCUGGCGACACCCUUACACCCCCAGUUUUCUCCCCUCGACACCGGUCCCCCCACUUUGUAUGCCACUCUUCCCCGCUCCCCUUUUCCUCCUCCCUUUCAUCUUCCCUCUUACCUUUCCUUACCUGGCGACACCCACACACUCACAAUUCUCUCCCCUCGUCACCCGUCCCCCACUUUGUCCGUCAUGCUUCCCCGCUCCCCUUUUCCUCUGUCUUCUUCCCUUUCGUCUUCCUCGCUCCACUUUUUCUUCCUCCUCCCUUUCGUCUUCCAUCAUACCUUUCCUUACCUGGCGACACCCACACACCCACAGUUCCACCCUCCAUCGUCACCCUCUCUCAUUUUCUCCACUAUUCUCUCCUCCACUUCCCUCCCUUUUCCCCCCUCUCUUCUCCCUUCUACUCCCUCUUACCAUUCCCUACCUGCCGUCACCCUUACGCCCACAGUACUCCUUCGUCACCCCUCCUCCACUUUUUCCGUUGUACACUUCAUCACUUCCCUCCCUCAUGCUCUCGUCUCCCUUUCACUCCCUUAAGUUUCCCUCCACCACCCUCUCGCUUGUCAUCUUCCCUCCUCUCACUCCUCUACGCUUGCCAUUCCCUUCUUUCCCAUCUCGUUCGUCACCUCCCCCUCACUCCCUCUCUCUCUUUUAUGCUCCCCUCCCCUCUCCUUUACCCCUCGCUUGUGACCUUCCUCUACUCCUUUCUUUACGCUUCCCUCUCCUCCCCCUUCGGUUGUUGCUCCCCUCCACCUGUCAUCAUCUUCACGCCUCCAGAACGCCCCUGCAGGCGACACCUUUCUUCCGGGGCCGCCAGGUUAAAGGGGGACGCGGGGCUCGGCGUCGGCUGCUGCCAUUCUUCAUUCACGCCGCGCCGGGUGGAGCGACGGACGGACUGGCGUCUCUUCUCACCGGGGUUUUAUGGAAUCUUGGUCGUGGGAGUCUGCAAAGGAUUUCAUCACUGACGGCGGCCUCGACUGCCUUCCAGGAUCAGCCUCGUCCAGGACCAAGGAAUGAGCGUCGUCACCAAGCCUUUAUCUCGAGUUCUAGACCAAGGAAUGAGCCACGCUCGCCCACAGUAUCCUCCCCCUCCCCCUUCCAGCCUUUAUGCAGUUUUUUCCUGAGCGUUGGCCACUUAAUACGUCUCGCGUCCCAUUAA